GCCGUUCCAUACAAUUGGGAGAGAAAUGGCGGCGGGCUUGGGUGGGCACCAGCCUUGGUACUCGAGGACUGCCAUCCCGUCCACACAGCUGAACCGCAGCCUGGAGAGGGUCCUGGAGGAGGCCGUUCACUCGGGGAUUCUCAAUCUAAGCGGGCGGAAGCUCAAGGAGUUCCCUGCCGUCAACUACGACUUGACAGAUACGGUGCAGGCAGAUCUUUCAAAGAACAGAUUUAUUGAAAUUCCACAAGAAGUUUGUUUGUUCGCACCAUUGGAGACAUUACAUUUAUACCACAAUUGCAUUAAAUGCAUUCCAGAAACUGUUGUUAAUCUGCAAAUGUUAACAUUUCUAAAUAUUAGUCGAAAUCUGCUAUCAACAUUGCCAAAAUACCUGUUUAAUCUUCCACUUAAAGUUUUAGUUGUGAGCAACAAUAAGUUAGUUUCCUUACCAGAGGAAAUUGGAAAGCUUAAAGACCUAAUGGAAUUGGAUGUUAGCUGCAAUGAGAUUCAAAUCCUUCCUCACCAAAUGGAAAAGCUUCAGUCACUUAGAGAAUUAAAUAUUAGGAGAAAUCAUCUGCAAGUAUUACCUGAAGAAUUAGCAGAACUUCCUCUCGUAAAAUUAGACUUUUCCUGCAAUAAAGUGACCAAAAUACCCAUCAGUUUUAGAAAGCUCAAAUACCUUCAGGUUAUAAUAUUAGAUAACAAUCCAAUGCAGUCUCCACCAGCGCAGAUUUGUCUCAAAGGUAAAGUGCAUAUAUUCAAAUUCCUGAAUAUCCAAUCAUGUCGUAUAGACAAGAAGCCAGAUUCUCUGGAUCUUCCCUCUUUGGAUAAGAGAGCACAUCCUCAAGCCCUGACGGACAGCAUGGAAGAUUUUUAUCCAGUUAAAAACCAUGGUCCUGAUUCGGGCAUUGGUAGUGAUAAUGGUGACAAGCGGUUGUCCACAACUGAACCCUCGGAUGAUGAUACUGUCAGCCUACAUUCACAAUUAUCUGAAAUAGCCAAGGACAUUCCUCUGAAAUCAGACAAUCAUUUAACUGGGAAUAAAGUCAACUCACAUAAAAGUUCAUUAGAUCAGGAGCAUUUUGACUUUAUUGAGAAUGCAGAAGAGGAAGAAACGCCAUCAUCUGACGCAGAUGUUCAUCUAAGUGCUCCAUUUGUGACCUGUAUAAAAGACCGAGGAAAGUUGCCUGAAAAAUCACAGCUCAUGGAGGAAAAUAAUUGGGAAGAUGAACCAAGGCCCUCAAGCGAAAUACAACACAUAGUUCGAGAUGAGGAUGAAUUGAAGGAAGUAAUGGAUUUGCGCAAAAUAGCAGCUCAAUUACUGCAGCAGGAACCACAAACCAGACGGAGGCCAGUAACUUUUAAAGCAUCAUUCAAUGAAAACUUUAUCCAGAGGAGAAGGGCAGCAGGACCAGGAUCAAGACUGUUGGCGCACUCAUCAAUAAGUGGAAGGGACAAGAAGAAAAAAACAUUGGAAUCAAAUAGAUCAACAGAUAAAGUAACUUCACCAGAAUCACUGUUCAGCUGUCGGUCAACGGGUUUUUCUGGUGAAGUUGAGAAACAAGAUACGAAUAAUACAGAACAAAGAUAUGGUGAGGCACAGCGGCAUGUAGAAUGGCGUCACGAAGAAAGGAAACACGUUAAACAGAUCAGAAAAGAUCACAUGAAGCAGGUAAAAUCUAUAAAGAAGACUAAAGAGGAAUUUGCAUAUGAAAAUGAGUCAGAUAUUGAAACUACAUCUAUGCCUUCGGCACCACCUGUUCAGAUCAUAUCUUCAUCUCCUUCUGUCCAGGUUAUACGUAGCCUAUCUUUUGAGGAGGAAGGUAGGUCCAUUGCCUUCUCCACCCCACCCUCAGCAGUACCAUUUGGUCUCAAGCCUCGAUCUGCUUUCACCCGUCCAUCUCGUCAGGAGUUUGGAGCAAUGGACCCAGGAUUUACUAUUCGAAGGAAGAUGGAACACCUAAGAGAGGAAUUGGAACAAAUUAGGCAGCUUAAACAGAACCUUGAAUUAAGGUUAAAAGUCGUUUUGCCAGAAGACAUAGGUGCAGCUUUAAUGGAUGGGGUGGUACUGUGCCAUCUUGCCAAUCAUAUUCGUCCACGAUCAGUGGCCAGCAUCCAUGUCCCAUCACCAGCAGUGCCUAAACUGAGUAUGGCAAAGUGCAGAAGAAAUGUUGAAAAUUUUCUUGAGGCAUGCAGAAAAUUAGGAGUUCCAGAGGAUAAACUUUGUCUGCCUCAUCAUAUAUUGGAAGAACGUUGGAUUUUGAAAGUGGGUUCUACAGUGCAAGCUCUACUUGAACUACCUACAUCUAAACACACGCAGUUAUCUGCUGUGUAACUGAUUCUUGGGCAUUUAUAACAUUAUCACAUUCAUGGUUUUCUGUUUUAUAGUCAAGUCCAAACAAAGCUGUAUUCAAAACUCGUACUGCAGAGAUAACAUUUAACUUGGCACUUUUUUUUAAAACAAGAUCAAGCUAAUAGUCUCUCACUGCUAAAACCAAUACUUGUAUAAAUAUCAGUGUUUGUCUGUUUAGGCCAGGUAAUUGCACCCAACUUGUCAUCGCUGCCAUAACGGUAAAGGACAAGUUACUUUGUCUUUUGCUCGAUGCCCAUAAAAUACCAGAUGCUCCUUCCACAUAGAUUUAAAGAGUGAAUACAUUAUUGUGACCUCAUCCAUUUAAGCAUUCAUACUAUUAGGAUGUCUUACUCCCUCGAUGUACAAAAAUAUUUUUGUUCAUUUAACCCACUCGUGCAGAAAGAUGA